AUGAAGAAGCUGAAAAGUGAGGCCAAGACGAAAAAGAUAAAAUCAAAUGAUGCCCGAAGCGGUGGUGAUGACGAUAUGGAUGCAAGAGAACGACGGAUUCGGAUUACGGACGCAAGAAGUGCCGCCCCUAAGAAGGCAGCUGUUCCUGCAGCGGCUCCUCAAGAACCAACGGUGGAAGUUGCGAAAGAAGCUGAAUCCGAACUUCCUCUGGCCGAUCGCUUGCUGGGUAGCGGUGUCCGACCGCCUCAUCGAAUGGAUUUCCAAUUACAGGUGAAAUAUUUAUUUGCUGUUGGGAGUCCUCUGGCAGUUUUCCUGGUGAUGCGUGGUGCCACUCACGCUGAUCUUCUACCAUCCAAAAUGAAUGUGGAGCGCGUUUUCAACAUCUUCCAUCCUUAUGAUCCUGUGGCGUACAGAUUAGAACCAAUGUUCAUUCCUGAAUUUCGCUACAUCCGUCCUAUAAAGCUGUUCUCCAGUCAUGACUUGCGUGCCCGAGGUUCCUACGACGAGUUGCCCUUGGAUGUAUACAAGAGCUACAUGAAGAAGCUGAAAAGUGAGGCCAAGACGAAAAAGAUAAAAUCAAAUGAUGCCCGAAGCGGUGGUGAUGACGAUAUGGAUGAAGAAGACGACUGCGAUUCGGAUUACGACGCCAAGAGCGGAUCGGCACCUAAGAAGGCAGCUGUUCCUGCAGCGGCUCCUCAAGAACCAACGGUGGAAGUUGCGAAAGAAGCUGAAUCCGAACUUCCUCUGGCCGAUCGCUUGCUGGGUAGCGGUGUCCGACCGCCUCAUCGAAUGGAUUUCCAGUUACAGCCCGCACUGACGGACAAGAGCUAUUGGUCGGUACUGAAGAGUCAUUUCGCCUACUGGACUAAUGCUGAUCUAGCUGUUUUCGUAGCUAAUUUACUUCAUACAGAAUACCAAACUAGGGGUGAUAACGAUGAUGCAACUGAGGCUGUAGAUCAUCCUACCUUUAAAGCAGUGUAA